CCACACGGCGGGAUUGACGACUUGAAGCAAGGAAGCCAAAAAAGUGACCCGACGGCGUGUCGUGUAAUUUAUUACGCUGUCAGGAAGAGCAGAGCAAGAUAACUUGACCAAAAGAUUACAGAUAACACUAAAGGGGUGAAAAUGUGCUCUCUCGCGUUGUUUCCCCCUCCGUUACCCUGCGGACAGACCACUCUGUGCGAGUCCAACAAUGAGUUGCUGUCAGGAUCCACGACUGAAGACCGGCUCAAACAGGACUCCAGCCCUCUCAGUCUUCAUUUCCCCCGAGAGUCUCUGAAGCUGCACAGUCGCACAGAGAGCAGCAGCAAGGCAGCCUUCCUGGACCACUCCGAGACUCUGUGGAUGAGGAGUGCAGCAGCAUGGCGGGACGGUGGCUUCACAGGGCUACUUAAUGAAAUUACAAACUCUCACACAGAAGUGCCGAAAUGGCUGUCAGUGAGCUCCGGUUGUAUCUUGGCAUUACUCCAAAGAGCGUCCUCCUUUCACGGCUCCCUGUUUCCUCAUCUCACAUUGAGCAGUGAGGACAUGAUUGCUGAGUUUUCACAGAUACUGAACUGGUCUGACUGUGUGGUGCGAGCCUUUGCCUGGCAUACUCACACUGAUAAGUUUGCUGUAGCCCUCCUGGAUGACUCCAUCAAGAUAUACAACCCUAAAAGUGCCACAACUCCCACACUGAAGCACCGUCUGCAGAGGAGCGUUGCAGCUGUGCAGUGGAAGCCUCUGUGUGCCUCUGCCCUCGCCGUCGCUUGUCAAAACUGUUUACUGGUCUGGCACGUGGACCCCUGCUCGCUAUCAACCAGACCAUCCUCUGGUUGUGCUCAAGUUCUGUCUCAUCCCGGUCACUCGCCUGUCACUUCCAUCGCCUGGUCUCCAAGCGGCUCUCUCCUCGUGUCGGCCUCGCCCAUGGACACCGCAAUGAUGGUUUGGGAUGUAGCUUCAGAAAUCGGUGUGCCGCUUCAGCGUGUUGGAGGAGGCGGCGUCACAUUCCUGUCCUGGUCCCCUGAUGGUAGCCACGUCCUGGCCUCUACACCAUCGGCCUUAUUCAGGGUUUGGGAGACCAGGAUGUGGACAUGUGAGCGUUGGCCUGGUUUAAAAGGACGCUGCCAGUCUGGCUGUUGGAGUCCAGAUGGGAGUCGACUUCUCUUCACAGUACAGGGAGAAGCGGUCAUCUAUGCCCUGACCUUCACUGACGCACCAGCAGGAGUACCUACAAGCACAUCAAAUGGGCCGCAGGCAGCAACAGUGUUGGCUGACCUAUCAGAGACAACCUUUAACACACCAGAUGGAGACAUCAUUGUGGGUGGAGAGAUCCAGUCUAUAGCCUGGGACCCAACAGGAGAGAGGCUCGCGGUGCUUCUCAAAGGUGAUUCUCAGGCAGCAGACCGGCCUGCAGUCAUAGCUGUGUUUAAGACAAGAACCAACCCAAUUUUUGAGCUUUUGCCAUGUGGUUUUGUUCAAGGGGAGUCCGGCGCAGAGCCAAGACUGAUGCAGUUCCACCCCAUGUUUAAGCACGGAGCUCUGCUCACUGUGUGUUGGUCCAAUGGAAGAAUUACACACGUGCCUUUCUACUUCCUGAGUACUGGCGUCCCUCAGUUCGGCCUCAGUGGCAGUCCGUCUCUGCCACGACUUCAAGCAAGACCUGCAGACUUUGCUAAUCAGUCGCUCUUUACAGAGCUCAUCUCUUGACUGCCCCUCACCCACCAUCACAAGCUCACAAGUUGUUAUUCAUAUCAUGGAUUAUCAAUAAAUUUGUUCAAGUUCUUCCACUAUGA